UGAUCAUCCCGCACGAUGCAACUUCUCCCAGGCUUUAUCACUGCUCUCACCUUGAGCACCGGAGUCUUUGCCCAAGGCUGGCAUGGAUGUGCCGCAGGCUUCAGUUGUCAAAAUGACGAGCAAUGCCGUAAUCAACUAGACUGCCAGCAGGAAGCCCACAAUAAUCUUGACAAGAUUCAUUGCGGUCAAGCGAAUCAUCCUGUCGCUUGUUGGGCGUACACGAACUGAUGAGGAGGGUUACUUUUCUGACAAAUUCAUGUUUCAUGAUUAAGACAUAACAGACCACACAGGUGGAAGUCGCUAAGAGAGGUGACGUCAAG